AUGGCCGCAAAUAUCCUGCAAUGGUUUCCCCAUACUAUUGCUCCGUUUAUUGCCUGUGCGCCUAUGUAUGGAUGCACUGACGCCAACUUGGCAACGGCCGUUACAAAGGCCGGGGGAUUUGGGUUUAUUGCCGGGGGUUUUGAUUUUCGAUCCGGCUCAUCCCAUCUUUCAGGCCUAGACACCCAGUUGGCAAAUGCCCGCUCAAUUCUCGGUGUGGAUGAUGGACAACCAUUACCGCUUGGUGUUGGCUUGAUUACAUUUGGACUAGAUGGAAUUGUUGAAAACGCUAUUCCGAUCCUCCAAAAGCACCGCGUAGCAGCUAUCUGGCUGUCCUUUCCCGGAGCUGAUUCGGAUCACCUUCCUAUUAUACGAGCCAUUCGACAGGCUCAAGAAAGCUCUGGAUGGGACAUCAAGAUCUUUGUCCAAGUAGGAACCAUCGGUGCUGCAGAGGAAGCAAUUCAGCAGGAGGCAGAUGUCUUAGUGAUUCAAGGAUCCGAUGCAGGAGGGCAUCAGAGGGCCCAGGGUGCUAGUCUGAUCGCCCUCUUGCCGGAAGUGCGAGAUCUUCUUUCGAAGACUGGGAAUACAAGAACUUCGAUUCUUGCAGCUGGUGGCAUUGUGGAUGGGAGGGGCUGUUUGGCUGCUCUCGGCCUUGGCGCCGAUGGGAUUGCUAUGGGUACAAAGUUCGUUGCUACCUCGGAAUGCCCGGCACCGUCUACGAUCAAACAGACCAUUAUAUCGAGCAGGGAUGGAGGAGUCUCAACCAUCAAAUCCAUUCGACAUGAUGUAUUCCAGUGCACCGAUCUCUUUCCAAGGCAGUAUGAUGGCAGGGCUGUUAUCGGGGUGAAUUACCGGGAUUCUCAAGAAGGGGUUCCCGACGAGGAAAUCAUCCGACGAUACAAUGAAGCCAAGGAGGCUGGUGAUCAUCAAAGGAGGACUGUGUGGGCGAGUACGAGUAUUGGAAGUAUCAAUGCGAUCGUCCCUGCUGAAGAUGUUAUAAAGACAACUCAACAAGAGGUGAGGGCGAUAUUGGAGCGAAUGAAGGUCGAG